AUGAACGGUAACAAGAGAGAGCUCUCUAAUGACUCUAAUAUAGUAGACAGAGCUUUUGAUAUCAGCAAACCCAGACAAGAUAGCAAGAAAAACGCUUUUCAUUAUAUUCAUCCUAGUCAAAGACCCCAGAAAGCGUGGCUCACUUCGAAAGCUAACAGGUCUUCACAUCUCAAAGAAAAUCUAAGCUUUAAUCCACUAAGGUCUCUUUUGCGGUCUUCACCAGGCAAUUUUUCUGUUAUCACAGCUUCUGAAAGAAAUAUGCAGAAGAAUGAGAACCCAAUAGAUAAGAACGCGGCACGCGAUCACAUGAAUAUCAAUAAAAAUUCUUCAUCAAUGCGAAAUUCAAGUAUCAAUGAUACUGCAGUCUCUGAUCAUCAAGGUCCACGUCCGAUUAGUGUCGAUGAUUGUUCAGUGAAUAGCACUUGUAAAGUAUCUGUAGAUGCAAAUGGAGGUUAUGACAUGUUGGAACCACCAAUACGGCCUGGGCGUUCGAUCAAGGACGAUACUCCUGUACAGACACUGGAGCCGCAAGAUUCUAUGAAAAAGAUGAUUGAGGAUAUAAUGAGAUAUGAAAUCAGAAUUGCUAGUCUAUAUGGUAGAAUGGCAAAAAUGCAAAAAGAAAAUGAUAUUCUCCGAGAUGAUUUCAAGAUGGUAUCAGAAAGGAACAUCGAUUUGACCUUAUCUUUGCGGAAAAAAUUGAAUAGUAGGUCAAAAGAGGCAUUUUAUGAUAGUGCUGAAGAGCAGAGUACUUCAAGAGAAGAUAGAAAGAGAAAAGUUGCUGAUGUCGUUGAAGAUAGAGAUAACCCAAACGGCAUACAACAUUUCAAGAGGCAAAAUACUCAUUCUACGCAGGUCACUGAUAAAGCUGAGCUGUCAAAAAUGCUUGAAAAGCUUCAAAGGAGCAUAAUUAAAAGAUUAGAAGAGUACAGAGGAGUACAGAAGAAAUUAGAAAAGAGAUUUGAGCAGUUGGAAGAAAGUGAAAAACAUCAGCUUGAUUCAUUAAGGGAGGAAAGUCCGUUGAUUAAACACUUAAGAUCAAAUUUACUUAGAGUUCACAAUGAGUUGAAGGUGGUCAGAGAAUUUGGAAAUGUACGAGCUGCAAACCUGAAGGCAGCAUUGGAUCUCCAAAAGAAUAAUGUGGUAGUGCUUAACAGGAAACUCGAAGCUAAUCAUGUUCACAUGGACAAGUCCAGCAAGUCUCUUAGAGAGGCUUCUAAAUAUAUAAAAUCUUAUCAAAUGGCAUUCAAUGAACAAAGAAAACAGAUAUUAGAUUUAUCUGACAAAGCUUCACAGAUUAACUCCACCAGCGCACCGAAGGCAAUAGAAAAAGAACAACUAUCUAAAAGUGACAAUACUACAGACAUGGAAUCAUUGACGAAAGUUAUUGAGAUCCAGCGAGAGGACAUAUCCAUUUUGAACGAAGAGUUGCAUCAAGAGAAGUUGAAAAAUAAAUCUCUCUUGCGUACUUUAGAAGGCCACAAUACCGGGCAGCAAAAUGGAGCAAUUCGUGCCAAUGAUCAUCAGCGGGAGGGCCUAACAAAGAGUUAUAUCGAGGUACUGGAGCAACAGGCCCAAGACAAAGAAAACUAUCAUAAAAGAAUACAGCAUAUUCAUAAGACCUACCGAGCUAUUUUGCAUCAAAAGGACGUUGAGCACAGGAAUCACUUGAAUAGCAUAUCUUUGAGUUUUAGGGAGAAUAAUGAACCAAAAUCACUUUCAACCAAUGUUAUAACUGAAAAGAAAUCAGACCCCAACUCCGGCCUCGUCAUUACAUUUAAUGAUCAUAAAAGGGCUGGAGAUAAAACCUGA